AUGCCCGACUUCCCAGUCAACCCCGAGGCCUUCCCCGCCAGCACGCGCACCGCCGCGGGCGAGGUGGACGGCGUGCACACGGACGUCAUGGUGGUUCGGUUCGCGGACAAGAUCAUGGUGACCAUCGUACAGGGCGGACGGCUGGCGCAUUGGGUCCAUGUUCCUCUCGAUCACCCAACCGCCGACCCCCUCUCCGCUGCCGCCCCGCCUACCUCCUUCGAAGACGAUGAGCCAGCGUCCAACCUCGAUCUCCUCCCCAUGGCACAUUUGACCGCGACAACGGUGUUGGGCGGAACGGUGCCGGAGCGCGACACUGCGGGGCAGCUGGUUGCGGCGCAAGUGGCGAGUACGAUCGCGACGAAGGAUCCGGACGAGAAACGGCUAGUGGUUGUGGGGAUGGGAUUUGAGCGGAAGGAUAUGAGCAGGGAGGCCUUUGUGGAUCUGGUGGGGUUGGUAAUAGGGUGCUUAUAG